CUAUUGUUUAGACAUAAAAUAAAUAUUUUGAUCAACUUUAUCUUCAAACAUUUCUUCUUUCAAAAGCUUCAUGUCACGAUUACUACAACUUCUGAUGUCAAACCCGGAGCUCGACGAUCAUAAUCGACUCGAGGACAUUCCAUCGAUCUCACAAUGCCUAGCCAAGGUACUAAAAGAAAGCGAGAUCAUGGAUCGUCUGACUCGAGCAUAGAGUCACUGCUGACAACAGAUAUGGAGAUCAUGGAGAAUGCAAAGAAAAUCAUGAAAAGUGUCACUGACAACUUAAAUCAAGCUUUCUUGAUGCACAGAGAAAUCAUUUCAAAGAUAAAUCAAACGAAUAAAGUCAGCAGGAAGAAAGCAACCAUGGGGAUUUUUGGAAAAUCAGGAGAUGGAAAGAGUUCCCUGCUGAAUGCAGUCCUGGAGAAAAGGGAUUUUCUGCCGUCUGGUAGUUAUGGUGCAUGCACAGCCAUUAUUACUCAGGUGGAAGCCAAUCUGACUGACUCCAACUACAUAGCAGAGAUUGAAUUCUUCUCUAAAGAGGAGUGGGAGAAAGAGCUUGAAGAUCUUUUCAACGUUUUGUCGGAUGAAAGUGAGGACAUGGACGAAGACUUGAUUGAAACUGCUAAAGAAAAGAUCUCUGCACUUUAUGGAGCUGAUGCAAAAAAGAAAACAUUAGAAGAGCUCAAGAAAGAUGACAAAUUUGCUGAGAUUGAAACCAUUUUGUCUACCACUAAGAAAACAAUCUCAAACACUGAUGUCUAUGAUUUUACCGAUGAUGUUGCAAGUUACAUACAACACAGUGAGUCAAGUCCCGGUGACUGGUACUGGCCGCUUGUGAAGAGUGUGACGAUCAAAAUCCCAGAUUGUCAUGAACUUCUGGAACACGUUGUGCUUGUUGAUAUUCCUGGGACUGGAGACUGCAACAAGAUCAGAGAUGAUCUGUGGAAAUCUAAACUGAGAGAGUGCUCUUUUGUUUGGAUUGUGAGUGCUAUCAAUCGAGCAAUCAAAGACAAGGAACCCUGGGGGAUUUUAAAGUACUGUACUGAAGAAUUGGGACCAGGAGGAAAGUGCAAACGCAUUAAUUUCAUCUGUACAAAGACUGAUGAGAUCAAUCCUCAAGGCUAUAUUAGAUCUGCAAGGCUUAGAAGAGGCCCACUCACAAGAGACAAGAAAAAAGAGUGCAUACUUCAUAGAAAUGAACAUGCCAAGGUGGACGUCAAAGAAAGGCUUGAAAACUCUGAUAUCAAGAAAAUACUCAACACUGACAAUGAUUUUCAAGUUUUUACUGUAAGUUCCAAUGCAUUCUUUGACCAAGAAUUAAACCUUGAACAUAGUGAAACAGAAAUCCCAAAGCUGCAGGAUGAUCUGAGGAUUCUUAACAAGAACAUCAGGAGAGAACUGACCAGAGAUUAUGUCAAUGAAGCAAAGGGAGUUUUGUCCUUGAUCCAAAGUGUUCAACUGGAUACAGAAACGAAAACGGCUGAAACAAAAGCCAGCAUUCACACAGAAUUAAAGAAGAACCUACUGAAGGGACGAAAAAAAUUGAACAAGCGUUUUGUCAACAUUCAUAAUGUUCUGGAGCAGUGUCUCUCAAAGGGAGUGGAAAAAUCAGUGCAAUCAUGUGUUACUACCACAAUGGACACAAUAUUACACAAUAAGGAUGGAAGAAGAUUCCAUAAAAUCCUUCAAUCUAUGUGCAAGAAUGGUGGGAUCUAUUUAAAGAAAAAUAGGGAUGGAGACCUAGACCUAAACAAGGAAUUGGCCAAAAACCUGCAUGAAUGUCUUCACGAUGAUUUCAACAAGAUUUUUCCUAAGAGUGGAAAAACAGGGAAGUCACUGCAGGAGGAGAUUGAUAAGUUCAGUAUUAUCCAGAGUGCCUCUGCUCAUCCCAGAUCUUCCUUGCAACGACACAUUCAGAAAUACAUCAGAACAGAGGAAAAUAAACUGAAGGCAAGUCUCAACAGAGAAAUUGUUGAAAUAAAGAAGGAAAUCUACUCAUCAAUCCAAAACAAAAUUGAGAAGGAAAUGGCUUCUUACUAUGAAAAAGCUGCAGCAGUGACUGGAAUCGGAUCCAUGAAGAAAAGGCAAGAAAUGUUGAUAACCUCAGUCGACAUGAUAAAACAUGACAUGUUCAACAAUGCAAAAAAGGAAGUGCUUAAAAGGUUCAAUAACUUAAAGCUGUACAUAAAUCAUGCUCUUAAAUCAGAACUGAAGAAAUCAAUGGAACUCUCACUGUUACAAACCAGCAAAAUCACAAUCAUGGAUGUUUCCAAAGAGACUGAACAGCUGGAGAGACUGUCAGGACAACUGGAGAGACUUUCAGAGCGAUAAAAUGCCCAAGAGAAACGGCACAAUUAACAGAAGAAACAAACACGUUAAAAUGUACGGUGACACAUUGCUGCCACAUACAUAAUAUUUUUUCCACUCAAUAUUAUGUUGUUAAAACUGCAUCUUUUCUCAUUUAAAACGACAUAUUUUCUCGUAAUGUGUAAUUAAACGAAUUCAUAUUCUGGGCUCAACUGCUUUGCUGUAUAUAGUAUGGUUUAUUAGUAUGAUGUUUACUGAGUUUGGUCUUUUAAUAUCACUGUCUUUGUACAUUAAGUCACGUUAAGCACUUUAGAAUGUCCCGACUUCCACCGCAUUUUAUUAUUAAUGUAGCUAAAAUACCGGUAAAAAUUAAAUAUUUACAAACAUUAAGCUAUAAACAUGUAUUUUAGGCUAUUUCCACAAAAAAAUCCUUUAACUUUAUUGGUAUUCAAUACAAAACAAGACUGGAAAAUAUAAGUAAAAAAUAAACAGAAACAAAUUAUAGUGGCAUUCAUUACAAACAACAUUUAUUUAAAAGCCUAAACAAAUUUAUUUAAAGCGAAACUGAAACUGGCGUUGGGCUCCUCUCUCAUUCGGCACAAAUCCAAAUGUUUCUAUUCGCACUCUACACGCUAAAAUAUUUAUUAUGUUGUUAACAAUGCUUUCAUGUCCCGAAACAGCAUCCUUCACAUGCCCAAAAACAUGUAUGGAACAGGGUCGAUUAGGAUUUCAAUAUUAGAGGGGCACAGCCCCCAAUGAGGGAUUUAACAAAUAUAUAGGCCUAUAUAUUGUUUGCAUGCAUGAACAAUACCAUUCAAGUCAGUCCCUGAAUAUUGAAUUAAUUUCUAAUCGUUCUAAAUAACCAGCUAAUGUUUAUGAAUAUUCAUUAAGAAUAUCGACAAACUUUAUUUUAGGCUAAUGUAUUUGUAUAGAUUGUAUAGAUCCUUCACACUUCCGCAUGUGAAGGAUGCUGUUUUACUUGGAUACUGGGGCACGAGUAAAGUACAAAGCAUUGUUAACAUAAUAAAUAAUAGUUUAGCGUCCAAGUGCGAAAAUAUAAAUAUUUGGAUUAGUGCCGAAUGAGAGAGGAGCCCAAGUUUCAGCUUUGCUUUAAAUACAUUAGUUUAGGCUUUAAAAUAAAUAUUGUUGGUAGGUAAUGAAUGCCACUAUAAUUUAUGUUUAUUUUAUACUUAUAUUUUUCAUUCUUGUUUUGUAUUGAAUUUAAAGGAUUUGUUGUGGAAAUAGCCUAAAAUAUAUGUUUAUUGCUUAAUGUUUGUUUUUACUGGUAUUUUAGUGACAUUAUUUUUGAAUGUAUAAUAAAAUGAAACACCAAUGAGAUUUAUCUGUUAUUUUAUUCCUCUCAAAAACUUAAGUCUGACCCGGUGCAUGUGACAUAAUCGGUUGUGAGUUAUUUUCCAGAAAAUAAGGAAUGCUAAAUGAUUGUGCUUUAUUAUUAGAAACUGCAUAUUUACAAAUGGGGAUAUACGCCAAUAAAACAAUUAAAUUGUGUUCAUUACUCCCACACACACUGACUGUUAUAUGCUAUUAUGAGGGGUCCUUCUUUACCUUAUAAGUUUUAGAAAGUUUGGUUUAGAUGAAGUAUCUGUGAUGAACUGUACACCAAAUCACAACAAUCUCAUGCUAUGGUCACUGCCAUUGAUACAGGCAUCGAAAUGUAUUUUACACUAUAUUUGCUUCUGCUUUUCGAGCGCGGAAGUGUGAUAAAGGCACUGAUCUAGGCUAUAUAAAUUCUCUAUUCUAGAUCAGAUAAAGGUAUAUUUCGUACAUGUCACAUAGAAAAUAUGUAGUUGUAACGACAUAACAUCUCGUUAUUACGAGAAAAUGUUGUUUUAACGAGAAAAAGAUGUAAUUUUAUUGUCGUUGUUGCGACAUAAUUGAGUGGAAACAAUAUUAUGUAUGUGGCAGCAAUGCGCCACCGUAAAAAUGCAACAAACUUUUAAUUAAUUUUAAGUUUUUUACAACAAAUGUUAUCUUUUAUUAAUAUUUUUAUUUCUUUUUUAAUCACAUUUAUUUUUAGUUGGUAGAUGUUUCAUAAGUUUGUUUGGUGGAAGAUGUGUUUUUUCUCAAGUUGUUUCACAAGUUUUCAACCCAAGCUUUGAUAUAGCCCCCAUUGGGACGACUAAUGCUUGGAGAGAUUAGAGCCUUCAAUUUCGAGACUGUCUAAUUGCAGAACCGCUGAACCAUACGUCACAGCAGUCUGAGGACAACAGUGCCAGGCCAGCAGUCUGAGGCUGGAAGUGGGCAGAGCAAAUUUAUCUUAGUAGGCAUUGCACCAUUUAGAGCUUUUUAAAGUUUAUAACCAUAGAUAGAUAGAUGGAUAGAUACCAUUGACAUGGAGGCAUAUAUUUGGAUUGUACAGAGACAUAAACUGCCAUCAGGAUGACAUCUUUCCUGGGUAGUUUCUAGACCCAGGACCCCUUGGUUUCUAGACCCUCUACACCAUAGAGUGGAUGUUUCUGACUGCAGUCCAGAUCUGACUCUUAUUGAUAAUGUAUGGCCCAUCAUGAAAAGGGGAAUCAGACAAGGAUGACCACAGACUGUUGUGCAGAUGUCUUGAAUCAGGUAAGAUUGGGUAAAAAUUCCACUUGCAAAACUUUUUACAAUUAUUAUCCUCAGUUCCUGAACAAUUAAAAAGUGUCAUUAAAAGAAAGGGUGAUGUCACACAUGCCUCUGUCCCAACUUUUCUGGAGUGUGUUGCAGCCAUCAAAAUCAAAAUUUCUUUUUACUUACAAAAUACACUUCAGUUGGUCAAGUGAAAACUUUAUACUGUGGUGGUGGUGAUGAUAAACCUUUAAGCUAAUAUUGUGAUAUGCUUGAAGUUUUUUUAUAUCUAUGGAUUUUAUUGUAGGUAAGUCAAGUGUUGAUUUGAGAGGCUAAACUGAUCAAACGCUGUCGGACGCUGGCCGCUUCGUCACUUUAAAAAACAAAGUCUUUAAUUUAACAAAAAAAAAAAAAAAAAACCUCUUAACAUUUUAACUUAUCAAAGAAACAAAAAGAAAUAUAACUACUUUGGCAAUAAAAACAAAACUGAGCUAUUGUAAUGGCUGCAACAGUAUACGGCACACAGGCACUGGCCCGAGACGCUCAUGCCGUAUUCCGGCCCAUGUUGGACAGCUUAUCAGAAUUCUCGUCCCGAGUCGACUGGAGGCCAUUUUUUUUUUUUUUUUAAUCCUCCCCAUUACACAGCCUAUGUGAAUAAUUAUUCACUGACAUAUUGACUUAAUGAUAAAAUCUCUUAAUCUUUGUCAUUUCAAUUGUUUCAGAGAUCAUGUUCUUCCUCAAUUUUAUUUUUAAAAUCAUCAUUAACUCACCCUCAAGUUGAUCUAAACAUGUAUGAAUUUCUUUGUUCUCAACAACACAAAAGAACGUUUUGUCACCAAAACAUUUCUGGUUCCUAUUGACUCCUGUGCUAAUAUUGUUUUCAUACUAUGGAAGUCAGUUUUCAUUUUUGUGUGAACUAUACCUCUGAAGCAGCCUAAUAUAGCUGCUGUUGCCAUUUGUGUCAAUAAUGUUAAUCAAACAGAAACAAAAUCACUCACUGUCCUUGAAUGAAUCAAUUUUGUAAAAUAAGAAUGAAUGUAUAUUGAAGACUAUUCCAUGUAUUUGUACUUAAUACAAUAUAAUAUUUCUUGUUUGUGCUUUAAGUUUUUCAAGUACGUAAUUUUCUUAUGUAUAUUUGCUCUAUUGCAAUUUGUGACUGUUUACUUGUCUUCAGUAAGUUUGUUUUGUUUGUGUUUUUUAAGUUUGGCUGUUUUGUUUUAUUUUUGAUACUGAAAUCGGUGACAAGAAUUAUGACAUUUCAAUGCAUUAAAAAUUGUGUGAGAUAUAUUUUAUUAUAUAUAUAUA